GAUACUAAAGUAAAAAGGAAAAAUUAUUGGCGACCCGGACCCAUGCCCACCCACGGAUAUUGGAUCGCAGCGGAUAGGGAAUAAAACAACCGUGGAAGUGAUAAUAACAAAGAAGAAGAUCUCCGGCGAUACGAGAUGGGAAGUUCGUCUUCCGAUAAUUUCUCCGUCCUGGUGCUCGCCUCCGAUCUGGGAAUCGACGCGCGCCCUUUCUUGUCCAAACAGGACAGAGAAGGCGAUGAACAAGAGAAUUGGCACGACUGUUCGCAGCAAUUCUCAGACGAAGAUUUCUCCGAUCUCGAUUUGCUGCAGUUUUUCCGCCUUGAGGGCUCGGAUAAAUCUGGAAACCGCAUCUUCCGCAUCGUCGGAAAGUACUUUCCUGCUCCAGUUGUGAGUGGUGAGCGGCUGAAGAAAUAUAUAUUUCAGAAAAUAUGCACCGAGUUGCCUGAAGGGCCAUUCGGUAUUGUUUAUAUGCAUAGUACAGUGCAAAAGGAGGAUAACUCCCCCGGUCUUACCAUUUUGAGGUGGAUAUAUGAAGAACUUCCAUCUGAGGUCAAAGACAGGCUGCAAGUUGUGUAUUUCAUACAUCCUGGGCUUCGGUCAAGACUUGUAUUUGCAACUCUUGGCCGAUUUUUCCUAAGUGGAGGCUUAUACUGGAAGAUCAAGUAUGUAAGCCGCCUGCAGUACCUCUGGGAGGACAUAAAGAAGGGAGAGGUUGAGAUCCCUGAGUUUGUGCUGAAUCAUGAUGAUAUUCUUGAGCAUAGACCACUGACAGAUUAUGGCAUUGAACCAGACCCUCUCCAUCUAACAGAGGUGCCUGCCACAGCUUACUCAUUUGGGAGGUAUGAAGAGAGAUGGGCCUCAAGGGAAUUCCUGUCAUAACCUUGACGUUUGCUGAACCCUCCAAAAGAAGUGUGUUUUGUAUCUUUGCUAGGUUGGGGGUUUUUACUUUAGAAACCAGUCAUUGUACAGAAAAGUUCUAGCCUUAUGUUUGUGUACUGUAUGCCCAAAAUCAACCACGUUUCUGUUGCUGAAUUGUGAACUGUAACCAAAUUCGUCUAUGAUGAGAAAGGGUUAAGUUGUUUUAAAUGUUCAUGUUGGUGCUAUUUUACUUUCUUCAGAAAAAAUUGAAGUUUUGCAA